AUGGACGCUCGGGGGGGGGGUCGUGGGACUCGCGGGGGUCGCGGGCGUGGUCGCGCGAGAGGCAAGCGAGGCGGCGAGUCUGACGCAGGCGACGGGUCCACGGUCGCUCCCAAGGCUCGCAGUCGCAAAUACGAUCUGGAUUUUCUGGUGCGCGAGUCCCUUGAAGCGAAGGAGCUUAAAGCGAAAUGGGCUGCAGCUGCUGCUGCUAGGAAAGCAGAGGAAGAGGAGAAAAAGAGGGGGGAGGCUGGGGGUGGGGGAGAAGAGGGGGAAGUGGAGGGGGGAGGAGAAGGCGGGGAGAAGGGAAGGAAGAGAAAACUGGAGGGGAAGAACGGGGGUAACGAGGAGGAGAGGGAGACGGUUGAGGAUGGAGGGAGAGGAAGAGGGAGAGGAAGAGGGAGCGUGAGAGGAAGAGGGAAGGGAAGGGAUGCUGCUGCUUCUGCUACAGCAGGCACCACGAUUAGCGGCAGGAGAAGAGGGAGGAGUGCCGCUGUAAGGGGUGCAAUUUUAGGGGGAGAUGGAGACGGGGCAGAUGACACGGUGACUGGUGGUGGUGGUGGUUCCGAGGGGGAGAAGGGGGAGAAUGAGGAAGUGAAAGAGAAAUGGGGACGCACAGGGAGAAGAAGAGGCAGGUCCGGGGGUGAGGGGGAGGAGGAGAAGGUGGGAGAGGGAAAGGAGAUGGGGGGAGAGGAAGAGGAGGCAGAAAAAGUGGAGGGGAGGAGAGAAGAGGAGGAGAAAAGAGAGGAGAUGAGUGAGGAGGAGGAGGAGGAGGAGGAGGAGGAGGAGGAGGAGGAGGGGAUGGAGUGGUUGGGUGGGUUUGGAGGAACGAGAAUGGAGGGGAGGGGGCACAAGGAGGAGGAGAAGGGGGAGGCGUGGAAGGUGGAGGCGGGGGAGGGGGAUGAGGGGGAUAGUGAGGGGGACGAGGAGCACAGGGCGCUGCAUGCGGCUUUGAAGGAAGUUCAGACGGCCGUUGACAGCUGUCAGCAGGUAAGGGGGUGGUGCGGGACGCACAUUCACAACCCCUCUUUCAACCCCCCCCCCUCUCCCACCUCGCCAUUCCCCAUCACCGCGCUCGCCACCCCCCUUGCUUCACCCCACCUGUCGUCCGCCGUAUUCCCUCCCUCCCCACUCCCAUCACCAUCCGUAACCCCCCUCUCCUCACUCCCCCGCCCUGUCCCUCGUUCCCAUGCUCUUCCUUCAGCUGGUGGAGGCGCAUGGCAUGGCAUGCCUCGCCUCUCCGUGACCACCAUGCCUCCUCAACCGCUGUUGUUACUGCUGCGUGCUGCUUACCUUAACUGA